AAUAUACCACAAAUCAAGCAUGUUUCUUGCAGACUAUUGCCACCACAACAGUCCGCGAUGCAUGCAUAGAUGGAGACUUAUAUACUGACGAAGAACUACUCAUGCAAGAUAUCAAUACCGAUCCAAACAACCAUACUCCCUACGUCCAUCGCUCAAAGAUCCUAGCCAUCACGACCCCCCAUAUUGCAUGUCUAAAUGGAGACUUAUCUACCGCCGAAGGACUACUCACUCAAGAUAUCAAUACCAGUCCGAACUAUCAUACUUCCUACGCCCAUCGGUCAUUCGUCAUGGCGCGAAAAUGCGACUGGGACCGCGCCCUUCUGGACGCAAUCAAGAAGACCUUUUCGGCCGUUGCCCAUACGAUAGCCAACUAGUAUAUCGAAAAUGGUGGUCUUC